CACAAUCAAAGCGCGCGAAUACAUACAUGGUGAUGCACCAUGCACACACUGGUACGGCUGUCAUUCAACAACCUAUUGCAAGCAUAAUUUAGACUGUAAGAAGAGUUCAGUUUAAAUUUUCCUCAUCGGAUGGACUCGACUGGACCCAGCCUAGAAGUGUUGGCAGUGGUGAUCAUACUGCAAGUAUUUACAACGGUGGCCUCACCUGGGAGUUAUUUAAGACUGGUUGGGGGAAGUGACCCCUCUGAGGGCCGCCUGGAGAUCUACCACAACCAAUGGGGGACCGUCUGCGACGAUUCCUGGGGCUACACCGACGCCCUGGUGGCCUGCAGGCAGUUGGGCUUCACCGCUGUCGGCACGAGUCUGUAUUCACUCCCCGGGGCCUCAGUUCCCAUCCUCCUGGAUGAAGUACGCUGUGUGGGUGAUGAGGGAAGAUUGGCCGAAUGUCCCCACAAUGGAUGGGGUGUUCACAACUGCGGCCACUAUGAGGAUGUUGCCAUUCGGUGCGGGUACCAAAACACAUACGCUGACCCUAUGCCAAUCCGACUCUCCGGCGGCAGCUCCAAUUCGGGACGCCUGGAAGUCUACCUCAACAACGCCUGGGGCACGGUGUGCGACGACAAUUGGGACCUGGCCGACGCCCAGGUGGCCUGCCGUGAGCUGGGUUACGCCGCCGUGUCCAACUACUUACUCCCGGCCAUCGAGGGGGCGACGGGCUCGAUCCUGUACUACGUGGGGUGCGAAGGCGGCGAGACGCGCUUGGCCCAGUGCGUCCAUCUGGGCGGCGAUUGGGGUACCCGGUACUGCGGCCAUGACGAGGAUGUGUCGCUGGCUUGUGAUCAGCGUCGGACCGACACAAUAGCCCUGCGUCUUGCCGAUGGGAUCAACUCGAACGAGGGACGCUUAGAGCUUUACCACAAUGGUCAGUGGGGCUCGGUCUGUGACGAUCACUGGGACGAGGCAGACGCCACUGUGGCCUGCCGUGAGAUGGGUCUGGGUUCUCCUACACAUCCGACAGCGGUUGACAGCAUACCAGCAGGCACGGGCCCCAUCCACCUGGACGAUGUGAUGUGUGACGGCUGGGAGGCCAGACUGAUCGAGUGCGGACACUUGCAACUUGGGUCGCACAACUGUCAACAUUACGAAGAUGUGAAGAUUGCUUGCACUGGCGAUGAUGUGUACGUCAUGGCCUUUACAGUUCCGAUGGGCUACAGUUUCCAUUUAGUCGACGGCCUGUCGCCCUACGAGGGUCGUCUGGAACUAGACAUCCGCGGCAUAGCCGUCGGGAUAUGCGACCUAGACUGGACGCUGCAGGACGCGGCUGUGGCAUGCCGGCAACUUGGCUUCGGCACGCCCAUACGCGAAGUUCAAGACGGCUACUUCGGUGUGAACCCGGCCGGGUAUUAUUGGGCAAACAACGUGUCCUGCUCGGAGGAAGAGGUGUCCCUGCAAGACUGCACUACCGGGAAUAUGGAAGUGGUGUCAUCUUGUGGCCACGGUGGGCUAGACGUAGGCGUUGCAUGCACUGGGCCGUUCGUUGGAAACGAACAUGACAUGCGGAAUGCAGACGUCCGAUUAGCGGGAGGUUUAACUGCGGCAGAUGGGCGAUUGGAGAUUUUUUUCAACGGCGAGUGGUCCACGGUAUGUAACGACGAAUGGGAUGACGUUGAUGCAGACGUAGUCUGCAGACAGCUUGGUUACCGCAAAGUGCUAAAUGCUCAUCACUAUAUUGACGGACUACCAGCUGGAAGUGGAUCUAUACUACUUGACAAUGUCAGAUGUCAAGGAGAUGAGAUAACCAUUAUGGGAUGUCGUCACAACGGGCUUCAUACACACAACUGUGGCCACUGGCAAGAUGUCGUCAUUGAAUGCUAUCAUGGUAACGAGUACGAUUGGACGCUCAGCGGUGAGAAAAUCUUCGCUAUCAUCGGAGUCCUAUUCGUUGCAAUCACCCUGGGUCUUUUCAUCAUCAAGCGGCGUAUGCAACUGGAGAAGCGACGGCAGUUGGUAGUGGUACCGGCCAAUGAUCAGACUCCGUCGGCCGGGGUGGGUCCGCCGGUAACCCCCCACCCGUACCCUGUCCAGCCACUGGCCGGUGUCGGUAGACCGGUAUCCCCCCACCCGUACCCUGUCCAGCCAACCGGUCCCCUGCCACAGCUACCACCGGGUCAGCCGCCGUAUGCCGCCGCCGUCAUCCCGGCCCUUCCACCGGUGGGUUUUCCCGAUCCCAACCCGCUGCCUCCCUCGUACUUGACGGCCACGGCGGGAGCCGACGGAAUGAACCAGCUACCGAUAUACUUACCUUCGCCGGUAGCUGCAACAACCGGUCUGCCUCCGGUCCAGGGCAUGCUACCCCAGCAGUUACAGCCGCUCAACAAUCUGACUCUUCGUACUAGUCCAUCCUAUCCUAAUCGAUAAACAUUGGUCACAAAAUGAGGUUACAAGACACUGCAAAGACGAUUUAAAACGGUCCAUGAAAUAAUUUGUUGAACACUAUCAGGCUAGUUUUUCAUUUGAGAAAACAAAUUACGGAAAAAAGUGUUUUUGAGACCUAUCUGAAAUUUGUUUUCGACCACCGAAGGCUGAUUCGAUAUCUCUUCGCCUGUUUUUACCUACUGAUUAUCUUUGUCAUGGCAUAAGUUUGAUUGUAAUGAAAAUCAAUGAACAAAAGUCACAAUUGAACCUUUAAUUCCAUCAAAGUGGAUGCUACAUAAUUAAAACUGAUUAAAACCAAACAUCACAAACAAUAUGACAUGUGGUAGAUAACUCAGUUAAAAAUCUGACGUUGUCUGAAAAACAAAUGUAUAAAUUAAAUUAUAGCAGUACCAACCCACCCUAACUAUACGAAAUUUGUGCCUCUUUUAAUCGAAAUACAUGCACUCGCCGAUGAAGAAUUUUUCCAUAGGCCAGGUCCAUUUGAAGACCAUUUAACUUGGUUUAGUUUCCUUGGAGUGUAAACUAAUAGAGCGUGAAAAUUUACUUCAAAAACCUACGAAAUUUUACGAGAAUACAGCACAUCCGGGUACCAUUUAUAUAUAGGCUACGAUCUACAAUGUGUGUUAAGUCCUAUUAUUAUUAUUUUUGUUGGCAUUUAUUUUGUGUCCUGACUGUAUGGGCCCAUCUUAUCAUGGGCAAUAUUGGGUAAUUCGAAAGAAAAGCAAGCAUUAAAUAUUUAUACAACACAUUGGAAAUAUGGCGAAUCGAUGACUAUCACAAAAUGUGAAAUGUUGACCUCAACUUCCGUUCAAUCGAUCAUGCAGAUAACACUAUGGUAAAUGCAAACACGGGAGUAUGUGACUAGACUAGUCAGUGUUCAAACUAAAUGUCAACCACUUACGUACAGAGAAAUGAUUCAAUUCCACAAGGGAAAACCCUAGAAUCUCUUAUACAGAGAGAGAAAGAAAAAGACUCACUCUGUGCACAUUUUAUUUGCAAUUAAUAUUUUUUUUUCAUUUUUUUUUCAAUUUGCUAGACAUUUAUUCAACGUUGUUCAUUAAUACACAAAGUUAAUGUGAUAAUUACAUGUAUUAUAAUUGGAUAUAAAUUGAAU